CGCGGCGGGCGGCGGGCGCGGUGCGGCCAUGGCCGAGGAGCCCAGCGCGCUACCCUGGUCCAUCAACAAGGAUGACUACGAGCUGCAGGAGGUCAUCGGCAGCGGAGCGACCGCCGUGGUCCAGGCAGCCUUCUGUGCUCCGAAGAAGGAGAAGGUGGCCAUUAAACGGAUCAAUCUGGAGAAGUGUCAGACCAGCAUGGAUGAACUCCUGAAAGAAAUUCAAGCCAUGAGUCAGUGCCAUCACCCCAACAUUGUAUCUUACUACACAUCGUUUGUGGUGAAAGAUGAGCUUUGGCUGGUGAUGAAGUUACUUAGUGGAGGCUCUGUUUUGGAUAUUAUCAAGCACAUUGUGGCCAAAGGAGAACACAAGACUGGUGUCCUGGAUGAAGCCUGUAUAGCCACAAUCCUUAAGGAAGUGCUGGAGGGACUGGACUACCUGCAUAAAAAUGGGCAAAUCCACAGGGAUGUGAAAGCAGGAAAUAUUCUUCUAGGAGAAGAUGGCUCAGUGCAAAUUGCAGACUUUGGUGUUAGUGCGUUCCUGGCCACUGGUGGUGACAUUACCAGGAAUAAAGUCAGGAAAACCUUUGUAGGCACACCUUGCUGGAUGGCACCAGAAGUUAUGGAACAGGUCAGAGGAUAUGAUUUCAAGGCAGACAUCUGGAGCUUUGGGAUCACUGCUAUUGAACUGGCUACGGGAGCAGCUCCUUACCAUAAAUACCCACCGAUGAAGGUUUUAAUGCUGACACUACAAAAUGAUCCUCCUUCUUUGGAAACCGGUGUGCAAGAUAAGGAGAUGCUGAAGAAAUAUGGGAAAUCAUUUAGGAAGAUGAUUUCAUCGUGCCUACAAAAAGACCCUGAAAAAAGACCAACAGCAGCAGAACUCCUAAGACACAAAUUUUUCACAAAAGCAAAGAAUAAAGAGUUUUUACAAGAGAAGAUGUUACAGAGAGCACCAACAAUCACUGAAAGAUCCAAAAAGGUCCGCAGAGUCCCAGGCUCCAGUGGGCGUCUUCAUAAGACUGAAGAUGGUGGCUGGGAAUGGAGUGAUGAUGAGCUUGAUGAAGAAAGUGAGGAAGGCAGAGCAGCAAUUUCACAGCUCAGGUCUCCCAGAGUGAAAGAACCUGUACAGAAUUCUGAGCUGUUUCCAUCAGCUGAGCCUCCAGGUUCUUCACUCAAUGCUCCAGCACAGGCACCUACUGAACUACCUCAGGCUGCAGGACAAGCACCUGCACAACCUCCAACUGCUGUACCUCCACCCAGCCAGGCUCCAGCAGCAGCAGUCCCAGCAGCAGCAGCAGCAGCUCCAGCAGCAGCCCAGGCCCCACCCGCAGCCCCUGCUGCAGCUCCGGUACAGGGAGAUGUGAGAGUCCCCAUCAACCUUGUAUUAAGGUUAAGGAAUUCAAAUAAAGAGCUCCAUGAUAUUCGGUUUGAGUUCACCCCAGGGAAAGAUACUGCAGAUGGUGUGUCUCAGGAGCUCAUUUCAGCAGGUCUUGUUGAUGGCAGAGAUCUGGUAAUAGUUGCAGCUAAUUUGCAGAAAAUUGUGGAAGAGCCCCAGGCAAACAGAUCCAUCACUUUCAGACUGGCAUCUGGUGUGGACGGCUCAGAAAUUCCGGAUGAUGGCAAACUUAUAGGAUUUGCACAGCUCAGCAUCAGCUAAACAUUGGUCCCAGGAGAUGUUUCCCAACAGAGAACCCACAUGUGCAUAUUUGUAAUGCUUCUGUUAGCCUAAAAAAAAAAAACCACUACUGCCAAAGAAUUGAACUACAGCCCCCUUCCUAGAAGCUUUAACAUUUUCCUUAAUAGGAUCACAAACCUUCCUGAAAUUACCGAUGACGUUUACACCUUUUGUAAACAACUCUCAUGUUUUUGUAUGUCAUCUCAAACAUGCA